AUGGAGGAGGUGUAUAUGUCUUCACCUUCGGGUUAUAAUCAACAAGGGGAGUCUCUUCCUCCUAAUGCAGUUUGUAGACUCCAGAAAUCACUUUAUGGGCUCAAGCAAUCCUCUAGACAAUGGUUCUCAAAAUUGUCCAGCACCUUGAUCUCAAUUAGUUUCCAGCAAUCUACUUUGGAUCAUUCUCUCUUUAAUAUGUUUACUGAUUCUUAUUUUGUUGCUAUAUUGGUUUAUGUUGAUCAUAUACUCCUUGCUUUUAAUGAUUCUGCUGCUUUGCAUACUUUGACUGACUCCUUAAACAACAAGUUUCGUUUGAAAAAUCUUGGUGCACUCAAAUAUUUCUUAGAACUUGAGGUGGUCAGAUCUCAUAGUGGAAUUUAUUUGAGUCAAUGUCAAUAUGUUCUCAACAUUUUGCAAGAUUCUGGUUCUCUUGGUUGCAAGCUUCAACCAACUCCAAUGGAAGCCAACUUAAAACUAUCCUCUAAUUCUAGAGAACUUCUUUCUGACCCUACUUCUUACAGACGUAUCAUUGGCAAGCUGCUCUAUUUGACAUUCACACGCCCUGAUUUGUCAUUUGCUGUUAAUAGACUCAGCCAAUACAUGUCUGCACCUCGGGUUCCCCACAUGCUGGUUGUACAACGCAUCCUUGUUUACUUGAAAUGCACUGUUGGACAAGGUCUUUUAUUUUCUGCAAAUUCAUCAAUUCAACUAAAUGUCUUCUCUGACUCUGAUUGGGCUACAUGCCCUAAUAGUAUGAGGUCUGUCACUGGCUAUUGCAUAUUUUUUGGUGACUCUCUUAUCUCUUGGAAAUCAAAGAAACAGAGUAUUGUAUCUCGUUCUUCUGCUGAAGCCGAAUACAGGUCUAUGGCCAAUGUUACUUGUGAACUUCUCUAG